CUUGACGCGUAUGUUUUCUGUUCCCCGGGGUCACAGUGUUUUCAACGGGACGCAACUUACUACUUUACCGGGACUCGCCAUGGCCGCUUGACCCGGGGGGGACUGGAAUACCUUUUUUUUUCUUUAGCCGUCAUUCGCUCGAAACAUUUAUACAAACUUUUCCAGAUAAACUUUCGUCUUUUGUGUAGUUUUUAUGUCAAGAAAUAAGGAUGCAACCCCCACCGAGAAAGGUCCGGGUUACCCAGGAGCUGAAACACACUCAUGCAGAGCAGAUGAGCAGAUUACACAUCAAACACCAGACAGAGUGUGACCUCCUGGAAGACCUCAGGACUUUUAGCCAAAAGAGGGCGGCUGUAGAGAGGGACUACGCCCAGGCCCUCCAGAAGUUGGCAAAUCAGUAUCUAAAGAGGGAAUGGCCAGACAACCUCUCAGAAGAACAAGCAGAUCACAGGAACAUAUACUGCGUAUGGAGGGCCUAUUUAGAGGGCACGGUCCAAGUCACCCAGUCCAGAAUCAGCGCCUGUGAUAACUACAAAGUCCAGGUUGCAGAUCCAGCAAAGACAGCCAGACUGCAGAAGGAGCAGCAGCUGAGGAAGUGUAUCGAGCAGCUGACGGUGGUCCAAGCUGAGCUGCAGGAUUCGGUGAAGGACCUCACCAAAAGCAGGAAGAAGUACCAGGAGGCCGAGACGAUGGCGCAGGCUGUCAGAGAGAAGGCAGAGCUGGAUGCCAAGUCCAAGCUAAGUCUCUUCCAAUCCAGAUCCAGUCUGCAGAGGGCGAGUGUAAAGCUGAAAGCCAAGAGGAGCGAGUGCAACUCCAAAGCCACCCAUGCCAGAAACGACUACCUUCUCACGCUAGCAGCCGCUAACGCUCACCAGCAGCGCUAUUAUGACACAGACCUUACGGACUGCAUCAAGGUCUUAGAUGGCAGAAUCUACGAGCAGGUAAAAGAUUACCUGGUCUCACUGUGUCAGACCGAGCUGGAAACUUACCAGGCUGUCCACAACACCUUCAACCAACUCUUGAACAGCUCAAAUGGGGUACGGCAGGAGUUUCAUCAGCAGCUGUUUGUACAGAAGAACCCCAUGUUUCAGCAGGCAGCAGACUUCCUGUACCAGCCCAUCGACUCCGAUACGGUGAUGCAGCUGCAGAAAGAGAGCGGAACGGCCGAGGAGCACAGCCUGGAUAAGGAGGCGAGGAAAUGGGCGAGCCGCGUAGCCCGAGAGUACAAGAGCAUCAUCCACACUCAGAGGGCUCUGGAGGAAUAUGGGACUCAGGAAACCUCGGAGCAAAACAACACGGAGCUGGAGACAAAGAUGGAGGUGGCCAGGCAGAGUCUUCGGAGGGCAGAGACGGUAAAAGUGAAAGCAGAGGCCCGUCUGGACUUGCUGAGGCAGGCCGGUGUCGCUGUCGAAACGUGGCUGAAGAGCGCCAUGAACCAGGUGAUGGAGGAGCUGGAGAACGAGCGCUGGAACAACCUCAGUACCCAUGAUCCUUCACUCUCUGGAACAGCAGAUUUGGAGAGAGAGGAUGAGGAGGAGAUGGAAGACAGUGGUGAAGUUUUGGACGACAGCAGCUCCAGCCCCUCCAGCACCUUGAAAAACUAUCCUCUCACCUGCAAAGUACUCUACUCCUACAAGGCUUCUCAGCCAGAUGAACUGACAAUUGAGGAGCAGGAAAUCCUGGAGGUCAUUGAUGAUGGAGACAUGGAGGACUGGGUCAAAGCCAGAAACCGCAGCGGACAGAUCGGCUACGUCCCAGAGAAAUACUUGCAGCUGCCUUCCUCCAACAGCCUGCUGAGCAUGCUGCAGUCUCUGGCCGCGCUGGACGCCCGAUCCCAUUCCUCCAGUAACUCCACUGAACCUGAAACUGAACUACCAACCGGCUCCGUCAACGGAGACUCCAGCGUGUCCUUUGCAAAGGCCCUGUACGACUACGCAGGACAAACGGACGACGAACUGUCCUUCCCAGAGGGGGCCAUCAUCCGCAUCCUGAGCAGAGAGACCCACGAGGACGAUGGUUUCUGGGAGGGCGAGUUCAACGGCGUCGUCGGUGUAUUCCCUGCGGUUCUGGUGGAGGAUCUCGCCGGGGCCAGCGAGAACGGAGAUGGACAAAGAGAUGGCAGCGCACAGGCUUCUCCCUCCACUUUGGCCCAAUGUGACCGAUCCCCUCGUAGUCCCUUCCAGCCAGGGCCUCUCCACAGCAGCCCUCUUCAGACUCCCACAAUGUCGUCUCCUCAGUCGAGUCCCUGCAGCGCCACGGCCUCUCCCAUUGGCCGACCACCCUCCUAUCACAACGGACAUCACAGGCCGCCACCAGCACCACACAAAAGCCCCUUUCAGAGUCCGGUCCAAGGCUCCCCUCAACCUCCAAAAUACCCAGAGACUGGAUCUGGCACUAUUCGACCUGUCCGUGCUGCUCCUCCACCUCCGAAGCAGCACCCUCGGGGGCAGGUGAAGCGGAGGGAGGAGGUGGAGAUCACGCUGGUGUGAAGGCGGCGGCACCCUGGUGGUGGCGGCGGCGGCUACGAGAGCUCUGUUCAAACCCGCUGGGACUCAAACCUCUGUGCCUCUAAACGCACUCCCAAAGGAAACCAGAGGAAACUUUUAACCCCCCCCCCCCCCCCCCCCCCCCCCCCGAAGACGCCCGGAGGCCCGGAGAGGUCCUACACUUUGUCCUCUAGUCUUUCCACACAACAGCUCGUAGGGUCAGUGUGCUGUGGAGGAAUAUUGUGCCUUUCUCUUACCUGUACUUGUUGUCAUGUUUCAUUCUCCAUUACCCAGUGUUUGUCUCCUAUUUGAAUUAGACUGAUAAUAGGGCUAAUAUUGUAAUUUUUAUAAGAAAUAUAUAUAUAUGUUCCAGUCCAUAUUGUCCACCUCUACCUGGACAUGAAUAACUACUAGUCCUGAAAAAAAGAUAUAUUGAAUGCUAACAUAAUAUCUACUAUUAGCAACUUCAGAUAUCAAUCCUGAUACUGGUUUUCACUGGUUGAAUCCUGUUUCUGUUCUCUGUCGCUCAUAGUAACUGAUACAGUGAUAACUGGCAGAUAAUGUGACCUGUCAUGUUAUAAUAAGAUGUCUCUCUGCUAAACAGAGUAAAACCUCUUCAUGUAAUAAACUGAUAGGAAAAGUGACGCCACAUUAUUAACAAAACUUGUAAUAAUGACUUGAUUUGGACACAUUUUCACAGGAAUAGUUUGACAUUUUGGGAAAGUCUAAUGUGCUUUCUCGCCGAGAACUAGAAGAGAUGAUCAUCAUAUACAUGGUAAUAUGGAGCUAAAGCCAGCAGAUGAUUAGCUUAGCUUAGCAUAAAGACUGGAAAAAGGGGGAAAUUCUUGGCCUAUCUCUGUCAAAAAGUUAAAAAAUAAAUCUGUUGUAUCACGUUUAUUUAAAGGCUCGGUCACAUUUAAAAUUGAAAACGAUCAAAUUUUGACGACAAAUUCGACUCAUUUCAAAGGAAUUACGUCGAUCAGUGAAUUCACUCGCAGGAGAGAAGUAAAUCUACGCAAAUCUUAGGCAUUAAAUCUAAUUUGGGUGAACUUUGACAUCAGGAUUCAGAAUUUAAUCCAUUUGAGCUGCAUGACUAAAUAAUUUUGUCCCAAUUAAAGUGAACGAGGAGUCAACCGGAAGUUAGCCGGUUCAGCUGGAGGAGAUCCGAAAACAUGGCGUAUUUUUUGGGGGGGGGCUUUAUGUGCCGCUUUCAAAGGCGUGAACGGGCGCUGUCUUUAAACACGAGGUGUGUAACUGAUCACAAAACUCACGAUUCGGGUCAGAUCACGGUUUUGAGUCACGGAUCGGAUAAUUUUUCAGAUCAGCAAAAAAAAAUAAAAAAUACGGAAGACAAAUAUUUAUUCUGUAAAACACUUAAAGGAAGGAACUUUGUCCGUGACUUGUAGCUAUAGCAGUUCAUAUACGUGCUGAACCGGUGGGGGGGGGGGUGGGGGAUCAUGGUUCAACUACAUUCAGUUACACCACUAUUGAAAACGGUGUCCAGUUCUUCUUAGUACAUCUGUGAGGUUACGCAUCGGUCUAUUUCUUGGCUGGGAGUCUCCGCUGGUUUCCUGAGAUAUGACGUGUUAAUUAGUGAGCGUCAGGAGCUGGUAGAUGGAUUUUUAAGCUGUGGACAGAGCCAGGCUAACGGCUAGCCGGCUGUUUCCAGUCUUUAUGCUAAGCUAAGCUAACAGGCUUCUGACUUCUAGCUUCGUAUUUACUUUAAAGACAUGAGAGCAGCGUCAGUCUAACUAAGGAAUAAGCCAUUAACAUCUGUUCCUUCAGCUACAUUAACUAUCUUGUAAUUAUGAGACUCAAACAUGUUUUUUUCUUUAGUCAAUAUAGUGCACUUCUGUACAUAGAGUAUUGAUUAUUAUUAUCAUAAUAAUGAUUCCAACCAGAUCACUCAGCCCCGUUAUCCACCAGUUAUGUCUCACUGUAUCACUUACUGCGAGGCUCUCUCUCUCUCUCUCUCUCUCUCUCUCUCUCUCUCUCUCUCUCUCUCUCUCUCUCUCUCUCUCUCUCUCUCUCUCUCUUUCUUAUCUUCACAGACUGAUGUUGAGCUGUUGAGACUUUUUCACAAUUGGAUUACUACUAUGCAACAAAGUUAACGCUUGGCGGGACGUCACAGCAUGUUGUGAAUAUGUAGCUUCAACGCAAACCAAAAGUCUGGUUGUCUCCACACUCGAUCAAAACGCCAGCACGGGCGAGGCUGGUCCUCUCCUCGAACACGACGUAGCUGUUCACGGUUACGUAAACAAGGGAAAAGUGGCAAUUUUAGUUGAGUGAUUGUUUUUGUCAGUAGGGAGAAUCUCCUAGAAAAGUUUGUCUGAUCAAAAAAUAAUGGAUCCCUGAUUAUUUUUAAAACAUUUUCCCUGCUUCUUAUGUUAGUUUUCUUUGCACCAAAUGCUGAGAAAUAUCUAAAUGUUAAAGGACGAGUUCACUGUGUUUCAAGUCUGUCUUUAAACAACAGUCAGGAGCCCAAAUGAAUAUUGAAACAUGUU